UUUACAAAAUACACUAGAAGCUUCUUCCGCUCUCUCUCUCUCGUUUUCGCAGAGUCGCUGAUAGGGUUUUGGUUAGGUCUGCCAUUGUUGCUUCGUCGAGCUACCCAGCGCCAUGCCUCGGUAUUAUUGUGACUAUUGUGACACAUAUCUGACUCAUGAUUCUCCAUCUGUGAGGAAGCAGCAUAAUGCAGGCUACAAACAUAAGGCAAACGUGCGAUCAUACUACCAGCAAUUUGAGGAGCAACAAACCCAAAGUUUAAUUGACCAGAGGAUCAAGGAACAUCUCGGUCAAGCAGCAGCAUUCCAGCAGGUUGGUGCAGCCUAUAAUCAACAUUUACUUGGUCAAAGACCUCGUCUUCCUGUACUACCUACUCCUGUAAUGCCAGGAGCUGCACCGUUAAUGCCGGGCAUUAGGCCUCCAGUUUUGCCAAGACCAAUGCCUGGUGCUCMAGGAUAUCUACCUACUCCUACAAUGCCACCUAUGAUGGCCCCACCGGGAGCUCCUAUGCCUGGCCACGUGAACAUGCCUACCAGGCCGCCUCCUCCAGCACCAGUGCCAGUUCCAGGUAGCACACCGCAACCAACUUCGACUAAUGGCGCCUCGAUGGGCGCACCCUCAAUGUAUCAAGGAAAUCCAGCAGCACCAGGAAGCGGAGGGUAUGAUAGUUUUACCACAAUGGCUCAACCUUCUGAGUCUAAUCAUUAGAGCUUUCUAAUUUUUGUGCUGUUUAUGUAUGAUAUUUCAAAGCUUCCAAUGCAACUGAGAAAACAGAUUCUUCACGUGGAAGAAAAUUGAUUACCUGUGGAGGUGGGAGGUUGUUUAAUGUAGAGAAGUUCAUUUACCAGAUUAGCAAAGGAAAUAAUUUUGGUGGUUUCACCUUGCUACUUGUUUGGAGGUAAAAUACGUCAUGAUUGUAUGGUAAA